AUGCCCACAUUAUUGAUUGAUAUGCCAAAGGUAGAAGAAUUGACAUGUGGUACAGGGCAACCCGCACAACGCGGUCGCAAGAAACCAUUGGUGUGGAAGCGAAGACAUCCAUGGUUUGACAGACAGUGGUCUCUUGACCUUAAGCGUGCAAAGAAAGGCCCUUCAACGCCUCAGUUCCCUGAUGGUGUGUCCUUUACUCAAAUCAGAUCUUUUCAAUCCUUCGCAGGAAGAUCAUGGAAAAUCAAUGCCGGACGUAGGAGAAAGAUUCGUCUUUCGUUAAAACGAGGUCGUCGGAAAUUGUUAUAG